ACUGUCAGUAGCUGAUUGCGGCACAAAAAUUUAUAGACUGAACCAGUUCGCUGACAACAUUUUACGUCCUUGCAGAAUCAAAGAGGUUUUCACAAAGUGUCCACAAAAUAAGCAACAGCGAUUUUAUUGUUCUUGUGGAUUUCUCACUCACUUGACUGAAUUAAAGGUUACUUUGUCAAGGAAAUCGGUUCAGUGCUCCUGAAUCUCGCGCCAAAGUUAUUUACCGCAGCAGGAGUGGGCGGAUUGGAUAUCUACGUCACGGUACAUCUCCCGGGUCAGUGAGGCGGAGGUGAGCUUCGAGUUUCCGCUGAACACAUGUAGCGCACUCGCAUCUCCCGUGUGUUUACUACUACAGACUAAGUACAGCAUGUACGAGAGCGAUAUGAGUACUGCCAGUGCAGGUGGCAGUGCAAGCUCGAGUUCCAUUGAACCCAAUAGUACCUCGAGUGCCAGUGCAAGCUUGUCAUCCGCUGGAACGUUAUCAAGUAUGGAGACUAUUCCAACUCAGGAGGUUGCUGAAGGAGAUUUUGAUUUUGCAGAGGAGAGAGUUGUUGUAUGGGGUCGUCUGUAUCCUGUGGGAAAAUGUUUCUCAAGUAUUGACUUCUUAGACACAAAGGAUGAAUAUAUAUUUGGCAGAGAUCCAUCUUGUGAUGUUUGCUACAAUGGCCCGGAAAUAAGCAAGAAUCCUUGCUAUCAGACUCUCAGUAAAACACACUUCAGGAUAUUCAAGGAAUCAAAUGACAAUUGUAAUUUCUACUUCAUCGAAGACAAAAGCUCAAAUGGCACCUUUGUGAAUGGAGAAAAGAUAGGUAAAGGAAAGAAACAAGUUCUAAACAACAAUGAUGAAAUUGCUCUAUCAUUAUCCAAAAACAAAGCCUAUGUCUUCAUGGACACUAAAGACUCAGAUCAAAGUAAUCUACCAGUAGCCCUCCGAGAGAAGUUCAUCAUGUCCAAGGUAUUAGGCAGGGGUGCCUGUGGGCAGGUGAAGCUAGCGUUUGAGAAAGGAACGUGUCGGAAGGUCGCAGUCAAAAUCAUAGAAAAGAAGACGUUCUCAAUAGGUGGGACUAUGGUCAGGAAUAUGGAGAAGACUGUGAUGGAAGAAGUCCGGAUACUCAAGAGACUUCACCAUCCAUGUAUUAUAGGUAUAGAAGAUGUGUGUGACACGCCAGAGGUCCUGUAUAUUGUAUUAGAAUUAGUCGAGAGUGGAGAACUGUUUGAUAGAGUGGUGAGUCUAGGCAAGUUUGAUGAAGCAACGGCAAAGUUUUACUUCUAUCAGAUGAUCACAGCAUGCAAGUAUCUUCAUGACAAUGGAAUAACACACAGGGAUCUCAAGCCAGAGAACCUCCUCCUGAUGUCCGACGACAAGGAGACCAUCCUGAAGGUGACCGACUUUGGCCUCUCCAAGUUUGUGGGUGAGCAGUCCCUGAUGAAGACGCUGUGUGGCACACCGACCUACCUCGCUCCGGAGAUCUUGACCAGUAUGGGCAUGGGUGGCUACACCAAGGCCGUGGAUUGCUGGAGCAUAGGGGUCAUCCUCUACAUCUGUCUGGCGGGGUAUCCUCCCUUCUCGGAUGAGAUUAAGGCGAUGAACCUUGAUGAGCAGAUCAAGAGGGGUUACUACAGCUUUCCAACAAAGUACUGGGGCUCGGUUUCAGCGCCAGCAAUUGACAUGGUUAAGAAGCUACUGACCGUCGACCCGAAGCGGAGACUGACCACCAAGCAGGCCUUAGCUCAUCCUUGGCUACAGGACCAAGAGGUCAUUGAUAAAGCCGAAAAGGUCAUGUAUCCAAACAGGAAUGGCCAGAUGCUUCCUCCUUCUGCACCGGUUCCCGGGAUAAAGAAGCGUCCUAGAGAGUCUGCAAUGAGCACAGACGAUGAGCACUGUGAUGACUCUGGCAUAGGCUGUAUGAGCUCCAGAAAGAUGUCUAGGAGUGAUGACAGUGGAGAUGGUGCCUUUGACAAGACGGAAGACGUGUCAAAGGUUGUGGCAAAGGUCGCUGCUAAGGUUGCUGCAGGCGGAGAUGCGUAAUCACAUAUGUAGCUGGUGAGCAUCUGUGAUUGAAAUCACCAAUGCCUUCCUUUGAUUGGACAGUUCACACAUACUUCGGCCUCUACCCUUUGUUAUUAUUAUUAUCAUCAUUAUUAAUGGUUUAAAACCUUCCGUGCCUAGGAGAGUUAAAGACGUAUGCAACCCCAUUAACCUCUGGGCCGCUUACGUUUUCUUUUCUCGUAUAGAUAUUAUUGUUCCCGUGUUUGUCUCCUUGAGUUCUGUAUCAUGUUAUUUGUUACCUUUUCUUCUUAUUUUCAUCUAUUUUGUUUGUUCUUUGCUCAUGUUCUCCCAAAUCAAUUGAGCUGAAAUCAGUUUACCCUCUGAACUACAAUUGAAUACCAUUCUUGCUUUUUACUUUUUUAAUGUAAUGAACCAAAAGUAGUAUUAUAUAUCUGUAGCAAAAUGCAGGCAAGGAUUCAGGUGUGGGAAAACCGACCCAUUCACCCCAUUUUGGCGACU